CCCCCAGGGAGGCAGCGCAGCCAGCUCCUUGGAACCUCGGCCGCUGGCCCCCGCAGGCCGGCUGCUCCUGUUGGCCUUUGCUCCGCGCCUCCACGACACCAUGGCGGCCUAGCGCAUAAAGCGAGACGGGCAGACCCAGUGGGCCGGCUGGCAACUUCUCCCGCAUGCGCUGUGAGUACCAGCUUCUGCUCGAGGCAGGACCCGGUGCCGAGAUACACACAUUGCGACCUACAGAAACCAGCACAGAAUUGCCCAACGCCGGAGAGCAAGCUGGCAACUGAUUGGGAAAUAACCAGUCACUCAGCUAUUUUAAUUGAUGGAAUAAAAAAAAGUAGCCUGCUCAGCAGGAUCAUCUCCAAGGACAAUGAACCUGACCCUGGGCCUGGGCCUGUUUCUGGCUGGCGUCCUCUCCGUGAAGGGCUUUCUGAAGCCCAGCCUCCAUGGACAGAGCUAUGGAUCUGUGAGCCAGGCCCAGGGGUGGCGGAGCAAGAGGAUAGCCCAGGAGCUCGCCCGGCGCAACAUGGAUUUCGGCUUCAAGCUGCUCAAAAAGCUGGCCUCCAGCAACCCCGGCCGGAACAUCUUCUUCUCCCCCUUGAGCGUCUCCACGGCCUUCUCCAUGCUGUGUCUGGGGGCCCAGGACUCCACGCUGGCGGAGAUCAAGGAGGGCUUCAACUUCAGGGAGGUGCCCGAGAGAGACCUGCACGAGGGCUUCCACUACCUCCUGGGCAGGCUGAACCAGGAGAAGCGCGACAUCAAGCUGCGAGUCGGGAAUUCUCUGUUCAUCGACCGGAGGCUGCAGCCCCAGCAGAAGUUCCUGAGGGAGACCAAGAACCUGUACGACGCGGAAACUGUCCCCACCGACUUCCAGAACCUGGAGCUGGCGCAGAAGAAGAUCAAUGAGUACGUGAGUGAGAAGACGCAGGGGAGAAUCAGCCACCUCAUCCGGAACAUAGACCCUGGCACGGUGAUGCUUCUCACCAAUUACAUUUUCUUUCGAGCCAGGUGGCUACAUGAGUUUGAUCCCAAAGCGACGAAACAGGAAGAUUUCAUGGUGAGCAGGAACAGGUCGGUGCAGGUGCCCAUGAUGCUGCGCGGGGGCUUGUACGACGUGGGCCGGGACGAGCAGCUGGCCAGCACCGUCCUGGAGAUGCCCUACGAGGGGAACAUCACAGCCACCUUCAUCCUUCCCGACGAAGGCAAGCUGAAGCUCCUGGAGGACGGCUUGCACGUGGACAUCUUCGCCAAGUGGAAGAAGCUGAUGUCGCGGAGGGUGGUGGACGUGUCCGUGCCCAAGCUCCACAUCCAAGGCACCUACGACCUGAAGAAGACACUGUCACACCUGGGCAUCACCAAGAUCUUUGAAGAGCACGGGGACCUCACCAGGAUCGUCCCGCAUCGCAGCCUGAAAGUCGGCCAGGCGGUGCACAAGGCUGAGCUGCAGAUGGACGAGAAGGGCACGGAGGGGGCCGCGGGCUCCGGAGCAGAGACGCUGCCCAUGGAGACGCCGCUAAGCGUCAGGAUGAACCAUCCCUUCCUGAUGAUGAUUUACGAGAAGGUCACACCUUCCAUGAUCUUCUUGGCAAGGGUUGCCGACCCCAGCAAGUGAUCAAGGAGGGGUUUCUGCAGCCUGUGGACCCAGCUGCAGCUUGGGCCCGAGUGGGGUGCACAUCUGCUGGGGAGCGAGGCUCAGGCACAUUCAGAUUCGAUUCAGAAACCACCCAAGGACGUCAUCGUCCUCUCUGGGCUUCUCGCUUGCUCUCCUUCCAAUGUCAUUCCAAGGUCAGGAUCUGUCGCCACCCACCCCUCCCCGAUGGAGUUCUCUUCCCUGGGCAGGCUGAGGGCUUUUGUGAUUUAAUAAACAAGCACUCCUGCCCCCCAA